AUGGCAGCUUACAGAUUAUUCACUUACUUAACCAUUGCAGCCCUUACUUUCUCUGUUGCAUAUGCAACUGAUCCUACACAGCUCCAGGAUUUUUGCGUCGCCACUAAUGACAUGAAUAAUGCUUUGUUUGUAAAUGGGCUAUUCUGCAAGAAUCCAAUGGCAGUCACAGCAGACGAUUUCUUCAAAAACGGCCUAGACAAACCUGGUAAUACCGACAAUAUGCUUGGCUCAGCUGUCACUCCAGUGGCUGCAGCACAAUUGCCAGGACUCAACACCCUUGGCAUAUCACUUGCUAGGCUCGACUUUGCACCAUAUGGCCUUGUUGCUCCCCACACACACCCCCGUGCCACUGAGGUUUUCACAGUGAUGGAGGGUACCAUUUAUGUUGGUUUUGUUACCUCUAACCCAGCAGAUAAUAGUGCAAACAAGCUCUUUACCAAGGUUCUCAAAAAGGGAGACGUGUUUGUGUUCCCACAAGGUCUCGUUCACUUUCAGCUCAAUGUUGGCAAAACUCCUGCGUUUUCCCUUUCUGCUUUGAGUAGCCAGAAUCCAGGUGUGGUCACUGUUGGUAACGCUGUUUUUCGGUCUGAAGCACCUAUCUCGGUUGAUGUUCUUUCCAAGGCCUUUCAGCUUGAUGCUAAUGUCAUCAAGCAAAUCCAGAGUUUGCGAUGAGCUCUUAAUUUUCUUUUUUCUUUUUAUAGUUGCUGAU